AUGGAUAAGCAAGACGGAGUCAUUGAGCAGAGCAUUGUGAUAUUCCUAUCCGAUCACGGUUCACGGUACGGAUAUUUAUCAGACUGCAGCAGCGGAUUUCUCGAGGAACGCUUGCCCACAAUGUUCAUAUACUUGCCGCCCUGGUUUCGAGCCCAGUAUCCCCAAUAUGCCGAGGCACUGGAGAUGAAUCGAAAUCGUCUCACAUCCAAUUUUGAUCUGCACAAUACACUGAAACACAUUGCUGAACUAGGACAGCCGCCAAAUUCACCACCAUUGCCACGGGCCAAUGAUUGUCCCAAGUGCCAGUCGCUCUUCCAGCCGGUGAGCAGAGAUCGCGAAUGUAAAGAGGCUGCUAUUCCGGAGCACUAUUGCACCUGUGAGCCCUACAAAAGGAUCGGGUUCGCUUGGAGCGAUCGCAUUUCACUUGGUGUUAUCGAUCGUAUAAACGAUUAUUUGUAUGCCAAAAAUUUUAGCAGUAUUUGCGCGAAUCUCACUUUGAGCUACAUCCAUAAGACGGAAAUUAAACUAGGUCUCGAUAUUAGUUUCCAUGAGGAAAUUCCAAAAAUUGAUCUAGGUUAUUAUCGUGUUAAGUUUAAGGUACAACAGAAUGGCGCCGAUUUCAUGGCCACCGUUUUAUACAAUAAUGUCACCAAUUAUGUGGAUGUCGAUGUGGAGAAAAUCAGCAGAACCAAUUCCUAUGAGGAGAGCGCCACAUGCAUUUCACACAAGCUCGCCAAAUUGUAUUGCAUUUGCAAGUCGCUGCAGAAGUCGUGA